CUAACUAAUACACGACACUAGAAUUAUUAUUAUUCCCCACCAGCACCCCGACCAUGUCGCUAAAGAAGUCGAAGUAUUAUCAGAACUAUCUUGACGCGGUCGCAAAAGGGCGGCUUACGCUGCCAGAUAUUGACCCUACUGAGCCUCUCAUUCUCAAAGUUGGAGAAGUCUAUUGUCGGUAUCCGGAUUGUCCAGAAAGACAGAAACGCUAUUCAGCCACAAACAAUCUCAGACACCACUACAAAGUCCACUUCGCUGACAACGAAAGUCUGAUCACGGCCGGUAAGAGCGGCACGCCCUCUAUGGAAGUAAUUAUGGAUGCUAUCAGCUGGUAUAAGUCUAUCACCACGACACAUGAUGAGUAGUAGUAACUAGUGGGGUGCAUCGAGGUGUUUUCUUCGGAGAGCAGUGGAUAAUCAGUUAGAUUAACACGAGAGCUGCGAGAAAGAUUAUGAAAGAUAUCGGGCGUAUUCUACCUUGCGCGAUAUGCAACUAGGCUAAUAAGGCUAAAUGUGAUUCUUAACUUUGUCGACGAAGAAUAGAACAUUAAGUAUCUCCUUAAUCUAGAGUGA